GGGAUGGGAGGGGCUAGAUAUUUUGAAGCCCUUCCUUUCUCCUUGUUUAUUUUGGUCAAUCUGAUUCUGAUGGCGAUGCCCACGGUAUAGUACUCACUAUACUUUAUCUACUUCCACCUUAAUUUCUUUCUCAUCAUAUCAAAUCAAAAUCAAAAUCAAAAUCAACAACAAACAAGGGCAUCGACACCUUUGAAGACCAAAAUGGAAGAAUCUCAUAACAACGUUGUUCCUGUCGCUCCAUCUGAAACCGGUUCUGGACAAUACGGGUGUUCGCAUUAUAGAAGGAGAUGCAAAAUCAUAGCACCUUGUUGCAAUCAAAUUUUUGAUUGCAGACAUUGUCAUAACGAAUCCCAGAAUUCUGUUCAAGUUGAUCUUGCUAAUAUGCACGACAUUCCUCGCCAUGAUGUUAAGAGGGUUAUCUGUUCCUUGUGUAGCACCGAGCAAGAUGUUCAACAGGUUUGCAUUCAAUGUGGUGUUUGCAUGGGUAGAUACUUUUGCUCCAAAUGCAAGUUCUUCGAUGAUGAUGUAUCAAAAAAGCAAUACCAUUGCGAUGAAUGUGGCAUAUGCAGAACUGGAGGUGAAGAGAACUUUUUCCACUGCAAGAAAUGUGGUAAGCUUUUGAUUGAACAUUGCUUCCCCAAAGCAACAAACCCUUUUACCUGUGUCAGUUCAGUAUUCAAACUGAGUGUUUCUCUAACGAAAUACCUUGUCAAUUGUCAUGAUCUCUUACUGUCGGUAGAUUGUUGCUAUUCGUCGUCGAUGAAGGAUUCACACCGUUGUAUUGAAAAAGCAAUGCAUCAGAACUGCCCAGUUUGCUUUGAGUUUCUUUUCGAUACAACGAAAGAUAUCACUGUAUUGCCAUGUGGCCACACCAUACACUUGGGUUGUGUGAGAGAAAUGCAAAAGCAUUGCCAGUAUUCAUGCCCUGUUUGUUCAAAAUCAUUCUGUGACAUGUCGCGUGUGUGGGAAAAAAUGGAUGAGGAGCUUGCAUCGACGCCUAUGCCUGAAAUGUUUCAAAACAAGAUGGUUUGGAUUCUAUGCAAUGACUGCGGAGAAACAUCUGAAGUAAAAUUUCAUAUUAUAGCGCACAAGUGCCUUAAAUGCAAGUCCUACAACACCAGAAGGACACAAGCCGCGUCUGCACCGUGCUUGUCAAGAAUGGAAGAGAUGGUUAGAUGAAUAACUCAUAAGAUCAAGUUCAAGAUGCUUUCUUAUUUGAAACAGCUGCUGAAUAUUUCAAUUUGUUAACUUCAUGCGGGAACAAAAGGAAUCGUGCAGAAUAACCAACCUUAUUGUUAAACAUGCAUGCAGUUGCAAGGUUAUCAUUUAUCAGAAGAAUGCUAAGUGCAUACGUUGAUUUCAGAUUUAGGUCAAAGCUUAAUGCGCUUAACCAAAUUUAAAUUGUGAUGACGUGACAAUUGUUUAGUUGGUACGGCGAUUCCAUGCCUUCUUAAAUGUAGUUCUGUUGAUUCCGCAA